AAUGGACAGACUGCAGGCGACACUCGGUGACCUCAAGGAAGCCCAUGAGAGCUGUGUCGAACGGGCUGAGCUCAGUAAGGAACACACCAAUAUGGAUGAAAACCAAAUCAAGAAGGAAUUUAAGAAGCUCCAUCAGUUUCUGAGAGACGAGGAGGAGAAACAGAUCAGAUCCUUGCAUAAAGAAAUGAAACUUCAAGAUGAGAAACACCAGGCCAGAAUGAAGGAGCUCUCCGCACAGAUAUCAGAUCUGUCUGAGAGGAUGGCAGCCGUCUGGCAGGACAUAGAAGCUGAAAACAUCACAUUUCUCCAGAAUUACAGCGACACCGUAAAAAGACUCCAACACCCAUCAGUAGCAAACACAACCCCUGAACUACAGGAAUAUCAGCACUAUCCCAUUCAGACAGUGAUCUUCACCACAUGGGCCAGAAUGCAGAACCUUGUGGAACAGCCUCCUGUGACUCUGGACCCAGACACAGCAUCCAGUAAACUGCUGGUGUCACAGGACUGCACCAGUGUUCAGUGCGUAGAAAUGAAUCUGCAUGUGUCUGAUAACCCAAAAAGGCUACAUGACGGGGUGCUGGCCUCACAGGGCUUCAGCUCAGGUGUGCACUGCUGGGACGUAGAGGUGGGUGAUAACAACAACUGGACACUGGGAGUGAUGGGGGAAACGGUGAACCGCAAAAAACUUUGUAAAAUGAAUGCAAAAAAUCGCUUUUGGUGUUUUCGUAAUGUGGAUGGUAAAUACAAGAAAGGUAAAAAACCUGUCAGUGAUAUUGAUAGCAAUGAAAGGCCAAAUAUCAUCCGACUGGAGCAGGACUUUGACAAAGGAGAGCUGAGAUUCAUCGACCCUUCCAGAAACAGAAGUCUGUGCACCUACACUGGUGGAUUUCCAGAGAAAGUGUUCCCAUAUUUCUGUACUGGAGAUGCGGACACACCACUGAGUCUUUUCCCAGCAAAUACACUAAAAGUCUAAACCAAAACUAACAUGACAUUUUUUUUUUACACAUGAUAAAAUAAGUGAAUGCUGAACACCAUAAAUAGCCUUGUGCACAAGUUUUGUGCAUUUGUCCAUCUUUCUUUAAAACAAAAAGGCAUUUGAUUUUUUUUUCUUUAACUGAAAUGACCAUCAUAAAUUUAGUAUGGCUUAAGUGUCCAAAUACUUUUUUGGAGCCACUGUAUGUCCAGCAAUGUGAUUAUUCAAUCAUGCAAUGUUUCAGUACAAACGAUGAUGCAUUAAUAAGGCAGAUUUUAAUUUGAUUAUCAAUGUAAAAAGCAA